AGAUCGAUCAACUUUCUUACCAAAUAGUUGUACUAUAGUUACACAUUGUGCGUUUGUGAUUAAAUAGUUAUACUACACUGUUAAUCAUACUCUUCAAUUAAUCAAAUAAUUAUAUUUUUCCAAGCAAUUAGUUAUCUUUUUUAAUGUUGUUGAACAUCAAGCGGUCUUACGUGUAUGACGUCUCCUACUCCAAGAAUCUUGAAAAUGAUUGUUUUUAAGUAAAUAAUUUUUUUGACAAUGAGUAAAUUAUUUUGAAGACAUUAAAUAGUCAAUAUUUCCAAUUGUAGUAAACAAAAGGUCUAAAUUUCAAAUAGAUCUCCUAAAAGGUAGGAGAAAACAUUGCCUCUACCUUCUCCUUAUCCCUAUUUCCUCCCUAGUUUUCUUUGAAUCUUUAAACCUAUUCCAUUUCAUAACAUUACUAUUAUAAUUUGUUUGUAAAAUUACAUCCUUUUGUCAAUGUUGAAUGCCUUUUUUUAUUGUUGAAUGAAUGUCUUGGCUAAGUUCAACGGUGUAUAGGGCAAUGGAGGUGAAGAAAAACAAUAUAGCCAACAUAUCUCGCAUUCGCUCGGUUAUGGAGAUAGUCCUACUUCAUGUUGGUCACAUUGUUGCCGGUGGUGCUAACAUUCUCCACGAUCACAUUGGAAGUGAAAAAAUUGAAAGCUUUGUAGAUGCCUUGAAAAGAUUAGACGAAGUAUCAAUUUCAUGUAAAGGGGUAGAAAGAAUUAUGCUGUUAAGGCGAUUACUAGCAUCACUCGAGCUAAUCGAAAGAACAAGGAUAGACUUCAUUUCAGAAGAUAUCAAUAACAUUUUUGACAAAGUUCAUCAAAAAUCUAAGAGUGAAGAACUUCAUAUUGUAUCAUCUGACGACUUGGAUAACAUACGAUAUGCACAUUUGAACUUACGUGAUGUCAUUCUUCGUAGUCACGUUGUUGAAGGCAUUGCAUUGUCCAUGAUUCUUGAAGCACCCAAUGAGGAAGAAAUUACUUUACUUUUAGAGAUUUUCAGACAUUCUCUCUUAGGCAAAAGGGAAAUUCAUGAUACAAUUAUGAGAGGCAUACAAGAAUUAGCAAAAGUCUUUUCAAACUACCAUGAUGAAGUGUUGUUGAGGCGGGAAGAAUUACUUCAAUAUGUUCUAAUUGCAAUAAGAGGGUUAAAAGUUAAUGCUGAUAUGGAAAGAAUAGAUAUGAAGGUUUCGAAAUUGGAAAAGAUGUUGUAUGAAACAAAAACCAAGAAUCAUUUUACCAAGGGUGAUGAUGAUGCCACUCAACAAAACAACAUUAUAAAAAUGGAGAUAUAUUUGAAGAUGAAAGAUAUCUCACUCAAAAGGAAAGUUAUACGUGAUGGAGAUUCAUUGCAAAGUCGUACUCAGAAGGUGAACAAGUUGAAAGUUUUAUUAGAAUCUCUAGCUAAAUCUAAUUUGAAAGCUGAGAGACGCAUUUUAGAUCACAGAUCUCAUAAGGGGGAAGCCCUACGUUUUCGUGUAGUAAAAGCAACUGAAGUAGCCCAAAUUGAAAAGGUUUUGGUAACAGAAAUUGAAACCCUUGAAAAGAAAAAGGAAGAACUCAAAUUUGCAUUGCGAAAGGUGAAUGCCUCAUUAACUAUCGCUAAAACAAGUCUUCGUAAUGUUAGGGAAGAAAAGGAUCAGUUUUAUGAAGCGAGUAAUAGAGUUCUUCAAGACUUACAAUUGAAGGAAGAAGAUCAAUCAAAAUCGAUAACUUCGUCCAAAUCAGAGGCUAAGGUUGUGAUCAGGUGGUUGAGGUUUGUGGAGGAUACAUGGAACAUCAAACUUGCAAUCACUCAACAAACUGAGAAGAACAAUAUUGAGGAAUUAAAAAGACAUUCAGAUCAUCAAGCUAAAAUGAUAACAGACCUUCUCCUCACAUACAAGGUGGAGUUAGAAAAUCUAGUGACUCGCUUUAGAAUACUUAUAGGACAACUAAAACCAAAAGAAAAGCUUGUUGAAAUAUCUCAUUUAGAAGAUGAAAGCUUCCCCAUAGCUCUAACAAGGAGAGAUUUGGAGGAAGAAUAUCUAGAUUUAGAAUUCAAGCUCAUUACCGCGUUUGAUUUAGUGGAAGGCAUAAAGCAAUCAGAUAAACAAAGAGAAGAAUUUUCCAGGAACGAUGAGAAAAGCAUGGAGGAGUUAUUUAGCAUGUUUGAAAAGAUAAAUCAAGAGUUUCAAUCCCUAGAAAGACCAUCUUUAGAAUGUGAGCCACAAAAACAUCUAAUAUGGCAGGGAAGUCCCCUGAAAUUGAAGCUUCAUGAUGAUUUAAAGAAGAGUUCAUUUACACGAAGAGAAUGUAACAACACAACAAUGCUUGACUGGAAUUUGCUAGACUUAGAAGAUGGAAUGACACCACAUUCAGAAUCAGCAAAACAUAAAAUACAUAAAGAUAGCAUUGACUGGGAAUUUGACGCUUUAGGAACUUAAUUAGUCACUACGUAUUAGCUAGGGCGUAACAAAAAAAAAAAAAAAGGAAUUUUCAACAUAUUUUUUUUGUAUGAUACCACCAGCUAAUUUGAAAGAUUCGCUUAAGCGACUUCGUAGCAAUGUAAUGAUCUAAUGACAAAGAUCAUCAUGUAAAGAACAUUUACAAUCUGACUCAUCACAAGUAUUAACGUACUGAGAAAUCCGAUUUUUGGCUAAUCAAAUAUAAUUUCAAGUCCCGGUUUGCCGGAAUUCGAUCCGGGGUUGUAGUUUCAAAUGUCAAGUGAUUUUUCAAGUUGUAAUUUACAAAAAUAGAAGUUUAAGCUUGUAAUGUGCAAAGUAACAAUUUUUCCUCAAAAUCAUGCAU